UUAUGUUUCCUCCAUUUAUUAAUUGUUUUUUGAAUAACCUUAAUGUUAGCCAACCUUGGGGUAGCGGCUUUUCCAAAGUUGUUGCACAGUCAGUGUGAGUCGGUAAAAUGCCCCUGGAACGCCUAGAAGAUGAGGGUCUUGAGAAGAUUCCUAACCUUAAGCUAGCACAAUGGGCCUUUCGUGCUGGAUUAGAGAAAACACCUGAACCUUUGCGUAAGCAGCUUCUGCAGAAAAUUACCAAGUGUAUCCAAGAUGAUAAUAUGGCUCCAUAUUACGAACUUGUAUGUAAAGAGCUUAAUCUACCAGUUGACCAACGAAUCUUGAAAUCUAUGCAGUCAGUAAAUGAAGCAAAAAUUAAGGAGUUAGAUGCAAAGAUUAAGGAUGCGGAAGAGAAUCUAGGUGAUACAGAAAUCAGAACCGCCAUGAUGGAAAAAGCUCACUAUCUUAGUAAGAUUGGUGACAAGGAAGGUUCUCUGUCCCAAUUUCGACUGAUUCUAGAUAAAAGCUUAAUGCCAGGCUUUCGAUUAGACACAAUUUUCCAUAUCAUACGAAUUGGAUUCUUUUUUGGAGAUAGGGAUUUGAUCACAAAGAAUAUAGAAAAAGCGAACAGCCUAAUUGAAGAAGGUGGAGAUUGGGAUAGACGAAAUCGACUUAAAGUUUACCGUGGUUUAUAUAGUAUGUCAGUUCGAGAUUUUGAUGCUGCUGCUAAGAAUUUCCUUGAUGCAGUCGCCACAUUUACUAGUUAUGAGUUAAUGGAUUAUAAAACAUUUAUCAUAUAUACAGUUAUGUCUGCGAUGAUUGCACUUAAACGCCCGGAUCUUCGGGAAAAGGUUGUUCGUGGAUCGGAAAUUCAAGAAGUUCUGCAUGGAUUACCUACUGUACGUGAAUAUCUCAUGUCUUUAUUUGAUUGUCGUUAUGCUGACUUCUUCCUUUCACUUGCUGGAGUUGAACAGUUCAUGAGCUGUGAUCGUUAUUUGCACUUACAUACAUGUUAUUAUGUUCGUGAAAUGCGUAUUCAUGCAUUAAGUCAACAUUUAGAUUCAUACAGUAGUUUAAGCUUAGAUAGUAUGGCCGCAUCGUUUGGUGUAACUCCAGCAUUUUUGGAUGCUGAAUUAUCACGUUUCAUAGCCAAUGGUCGAUUAGCUUGUAAAAUGGAUAAAGUUUCAGGUAUUAUUGAAACAACACGUCCAGAUAAUGUGAAUUUUCAAUAUCAGACUAUGAUUAAACAAGGCGAUAUUCUACUGAACCGAAUUCAAAAACUGAGUCAAGUUAUCAAUAUAUAGUGAAAUACUAAUAUAUAUACUGCCCAUUGUUAUCUAACAUACGAUGGUAAUACAAUCAUGGAGUUUUGUAUACAGUAACUGUACUUUACAAAAUACUGUUUUCUUUUCUAUUCACUGUUUCUUUGUGUGUGUGUGUGCACACACAUGUGGAUGAGAAAUUGUUUUCGUAAAACGUAACUUUAGUGUCAUACUUUCUAGCCGACUUUUCACGCCGGUAGAUACUAUUAUAAUGGUUAGUAUAAAGUCCACAUAUAAUCUAUUAUUGUGCUUUCAUAGUUGUAUUUUAAGAACUCUGAUUUGUUAUGACUUGCGAUUUAAAUCGAUAUUGCCUGCUAUAUUGCUAGUAAAACCAGUGACCUAUUCUAAUAGCUGAGAUCUUGAUGCUUAUUGGUUCUCAAGCCCCUUAAUAACCAAGUAGCCGAGUAGAAGACACUAAUAGGAAGCAGACUAGUUCUCUAUUUUACUCAAUUUAAUCAUGACUUAAAACUCAUAUGAUAAGUGGUAAAAGACGGAGCUAACAAUACAUAAUUACUUAGUAAUAACUAAGGUAUGGUAAAGCAUAUAGCGACAGUUAAUAGGUUCACUAAAAGCAUACAAUAAGGGAAGUAUAGUAACUCACUGAUAUAGUUACCUACUCAUUAUACAAGAAAAAUAUAAAUAAUAAUCCGGAAAAUAACCGCGGGAGUUUGACUUUUUCAAAUAUUCAUUCCGUUAUAAUAUUCAUCAUAUACAUAUAUUCUUGUUUACUGAAGGACAUUUUACAUGGUAUUCAAAACCAACAUUUCAAUAUCAAUCUUGAAGCGGUCACUUUGACUCAGUUAAAAAAUAAACUGUGUUGUGAAUUUAUGUCCGG